AUGAAUCCGUUGACGCUGGUGAAACGAAUCCAAGACAUAAACUCAAAAGAAGCCGCGUUAGGGAUUUCAGAGCAAGCUUCAUGGCACGCUAAGUACAAAGAUUCUGCUUAUGUCUUUGUUGGUGGCAUUCCUUUCGAUCUCAGCGAAGGCGAUCUCCUCGCUGUCUUUGCUCAAUAUGGAGAAGUAGUUGAUGUUAAUCUAGUAAGAGACAAGGGUACUGGCAAAUCAAAAGGUUUUGCAUUUCUUGCUUACGAGGAUCAAAGAAGUACAAAUCUUGCUGUAGAUAAUCUGAAUGGAGCUCAGGUUCUUGGCCGAAUUAUAAGGGUUGACCAUGUUACUAAGUACAAGAAGAAAGAAGAAGAAGAUGAAGAAACAGCGCAGCAGAAGAGGGAGGCACGAGGGGUUUGUCAUGCGUUCCAGAGAGGUGAAUGCAAUCGUGGAGCUGGGUGCAAAUUUUCCCAUGAUGAACAAAGAGCCGCAAAUACGGGUUGGGGUUCUCAAGAUAAAAGUUCUAAAUGGGGACAUGAAAUGUUUGAGGGCCCAAAGAAGAGUGAGAGAAGAUCCAGCUAUGAGAUGCCCUCAGAGAGCCACCCUAAACAAAGUAAUAGGAGGGAGGAAAACAGAUCAAGACGGUAUGAUGAUAAUGAAAUUGUGCAGAAGCCAAGAGAAGAUUAUAACAGAAGGGAAGACAAGAAAUUGAGAAGGCUCAAAGAUGAUGAAUUUGAGCCAAAGCCAAGAGAAGAUGAUUAUAAGAGAGAUGAAACUAGAUUGAAAAAGCUCAAGGAUGAUGUACCAGAGCUGAAGUCGAGAGGAAAUAACUAUAGAAGGGAGGAAAAAAUUUCGAGGAGGCAUGAUCGUGAUGAAUUUGAACCAAUGUCAAGAGAAGAUGAUGAUACGAGGGAAGAAAAGAGAUCAAGAAGGAAUGAAAUAGAGUCCUAUUCUAGAGAAGAGCAAGAUAAGAGACGAGGGGACAAAUCGUCUGCCCGUGGGAGGGAUUCUUCCUCCAAUCGCCACAGAGAAAGAGAUGAUCAUCGGCGUAAAUCAGAGAGAUAA